GUUUUAAUCCAAUGGCCGAGAGUUAUUCAAAAAGAUAGUCGAAAUCUGUUCUUUCUCGCCUCGAUGUGAGGAAAAUUUUUCAAAAUGGACCCCGUCACCACAAUCACAUCAUGGGAGCAAGCUUUCGAAAGCCACCGCAUCCCUGAAACCAGGGCCAUCGAGAAGCAAUUGCGGACAAGCGCAACACGCGAUAAGGAGAAGUUGAGGAGUCUUGUCGGCGGGAGUUAUCGCGAUCUUCUUGCCACAGCCGAUUUGAUUGUGGCAUUGGACAAAAGAACCAGGACAGCUGAAGAUCAUUUAUCCUCAAUCUCGCAUGCUUGUAGGCCACCGGAGCAGGAUGCAUCGCCGAGUUCUCCAUCAGCCGAUAAAGUCAUCUUGGCCCAGUUGCAACUUUUGCAACGAUGUGCCACGACUUCAACUGUCCUUCUUCGGCAGCGGAAAGUAUUGCAAUGUGCUCGUCUGCUGGUGAUAUCGCGACUUCUUGUCAAGUCUGUCGGUGAUCAGGAGGUAGCAAGUAAACCUUUGGAGUUUUUGAGAAACAAGAUCGGCCACAUCCGCCGACAGCUUCUCCGACAAGUCGAUGCUACUUUGAUAAGUCCUCAUUCACAACCACCGGAUCUCCUUGAGGCGUUGAGCUCCUAUUCUUUGGUCACAAAUGCCUCUUCGGCUGAUGCUCUGGCUCAUUUGUUUCAACUCAGACUCGAAAAGUUGCAAAGACAUCUAGACUCGACCUCGAACAGCACGGCGGUGGUUGGUGAAGGUCUACGGUAUCAAGUGGCAUCACUUCAGACCUUCAAGUCAUUGAUUGGUCGUCCUUUGACAGAAGCUGUGGCCAACCUUCAAAAGAGGCCCAUUCUGGCAGAGCCUGUGUUUAGGGACAUGGAGUCAUUAAAUCUGGACAGACUUUGGGUUUUAAUUCCUUCGGAUAUUCAGUCAUUUGUGCCUUAUUUCAAGAGGACCGUUCUUUCACCAGACGAGAUCAAAGCCAAACUCGAGGCAUGGUCUCGAGAUGCGUGUGCGGCUUUGACACGGGCGCUUGAGAAACAUCUAUCGAAUCUCCGUGAUGUUGAUCGGGUGCUGGAACUUCGAAAAGAGCUCUAUUUCAUUCUCUUACCCUUGUACUUCUCGACACCAGCAAGGAAUGAGAUUCAACACCAGAUCAAGACGGCAUUGAACGGACGGCUAGACAGCCUGCUUCGAAGUCAAGUUUCACAACUAGACACCAUCGUCACCAAGCUUCUCAAUGCCGGUAAUACAAAGACAAGGUACAAUUCACUCUGGGAUUCUGAGCUUGCACAUUCAGGGGUGAACAGCUCUGGUGGUCGAUUUGUGCAACAGGUCAAAGCUCAUCAUAGUGGGUAUCAUGAGGCACUCGUGAAAGCAAGCAGAUCUCUCAACAAAUGGAUCACCAGCAUCAAGGCCACCGAGGGCUUAUUUGAGCAGUUAUCCAGAGUGAGAUGGCGAGACAUGGUAGAGGAACCGGAUGAAGAAGAUGAGGAGGAGGCUAUUCAGAUAAUCAAAGACUUGAGUCAAACAGACUCGGACGGCUACAAAGAGACUCUCAAAUCAUCCCUCCAUACGGCAUUGGAAACAUACGAAUCGACCGUCACCAAAGCUGCCACAGAGCCCGAGAAGGCAAAUACUGAGACCGAGGGUGUGACCAUGCUUCUACGGUCAAUACGAAUGACAUCUUCAGCACUCCAGGAGGGGUUUUCAGGUUCAACCAACUUCAGCAGCAUGGGUAAAGUUGUUGUGAAAUUGCACGAAACCCUAGCGGCAGAAACCAUCAAAAAGCUGGCGGCAUCAAAUGAAGAGGCGGGAAAGAAACCAGGUCAGACGGUUACGUCUUUACCAGAGAACAUGCCGUCACCCAGAGCUUUUCUGGUCUUGCAAAAAUUAUGUGAGAUCAUGUUCGAUAUUGGUGGGACGGACAUUUGGUCACGACCUGCAGUCUCCAGAGUUAAGGAUCACUGUCGAGCUAGGAUAUUUGCUGCCGAGCAUCGAUCUUGGUAUAUGGAAAACGCCUUUGACGAGGCGUACCUCUUGCAGGCCCUCAAGACGACGUCUUCGUCGGACGAAAAGCCAAAUGCAGAUGCAUUACUGCAUGAAAAAGCGGCGGCUGAAUACUGGACACGAACGAAACUGUUGUUCGGGCCUUUGGCUUGAUGUGCUGCACUGGGUGGCUGACAAACUGGCUCAAUCGUCGAUAUUCACUUUUCCCAAGAGGCCAAAUACGACAUUAUGAUUGCAACCAGCUGAUCAGUAUCUUGUCGGGUGGAUUCAAGUUGAACUGGUCUCAUCGCUGACUUCAACAUUGAUAUCAG